GCCCCUCGGCCGCGGCACUUUCUUAAUUUUUCGGGUGCCGCAGCGGCGACCCCUCGGUGCCGAUGUCCCUGGUUCCCGGAGCGACGACGGCCGCUGCCUAACCUGGAAAGAGGAAUGCCAGCUCCUGAACAGGCCUCUUUGGUGGAGGAGGGGCAACCACAGACCCACCAGGAAGCUGCCUCCACUGGCCCAGGCAUGGAACCCGAGACCACAGCCACUACUAUUCUAGCUUCCGUGAAGGAGCAGGAGCUUCAGUUUCAACGACUCACCCGAGAACUGGAAGUGGAAAGGCAGAUUGUUGCCAGUCAGCUAGAAAGAUGUAGGCUUGGAGCAGAAUCACCAAGCAUCGCCAGCACCAGCUCAACUGAGAAGUCAUUUCCUUGGAGAUCAUCAGAUGUGCCAAAUACCGGUGUAAGCAAACCUAGAGUUUCUGACACUGUCCAUCCCAACACGUAUCUCAUUCGGACAGAGCCAGAACAAGGGACCCUCUACUCACCGGAACAGACAUCUCUUCAUGAAAGUGAGGGAUCAUUGGGUAACUCAAGAAGUUCAACACAAAUGAAUUCUUAUUCCGACAGUGGAUACCAGGAAGCAGGGAGUUUCCACAACAGCCAGAAUGUGAGCAAGGCAGAUAAUAGACAACAGCAUUCAUUCAUAGCAUCAGCUAAUAGCCAUUUGGUUAGGAAUUCAAGAGCUGAAGGACAAACUCUGGUUCAGCCAUCAGUAGCCAAUCGGGCCAUGAGAAGAGUUAGUUCAGUUCCAUCUAGAGCACAGUCUCCUUCUUAUGUUAUCAGCACAGGCGUGUCUCCUUCAAGGGGGUCACUGAGAACUUCUUUGGGUAGUGGAUUUGGCUCUCCAUCAGUGACCGACUCCCGACCACUGAACCCGAGUGCAUAUUCCUCCACCACAUUACCCGCUCAGCGGGCACCCUCGUCAUUCUCCGCACAGAGACCCGCCUCCCCAACAGCUGUACGACGGAUUGGGUCCCUCACCUCUCGGCAGACCUCCAGUCCCAACGGACCAACCCCUCAAUACCAAACCACUACCAGAGUGGGGUCCCCACUAACACUGACAGAUGCACAGACUCGAGUAGCUUCCCCAUCCCAAGGCCAGGUGGGGUCGUCGUCCCCCAAACGCUCAGGGAUGACUGCCGUACCACAGCAUCUGGGACCUUCACUGCAAAGGACUGUUCACGACAUGGAGCAAUUCGGACAGCAACAAUAUGACAUUUACGAGAGGAUGGUUCCACCUCGGCCAGACAGCCUUACGGGCUUACGGAGUUCAUAUGCUAGUCAGCACAGCCAACUUGGGCAAGACCUUCGUUCAGUUGUGUCUCCUGACUUACACAUCACUCCUAUAUAUGAGGGGCGAACCUACUACAGUCCAGUGUACCGAAGCCCAAACCAUGGAACUGUGGAGCUCCAAGGAUCACAGACAGCCUUGUAUCGCACAGGCUCAGUAGGUGUUGGAAAUCUGCAAAGGACGUCCAGCCAACGAAGUACCCUUACAUACCAAAGAAAUAAUUAUGCUCUAAACACAACAGCCACCUACGCCGAGCCCUACAGGCCGAUCCAGUACCGAGUGCAAGAGUGCAAUUAUAACAGGCUUCAGCACGCAGCACCGGCUGAUGAUGGCACCACUCGAUCCCCAUCAAUAGACAGUAUUCAGAAAGACCCCAGGGAGUUUGCCUGGCGUGAUCCUGAGCUGCCUGAAGUCAUUCACAUGCUGCAGCACCAGUUCCCGUCGGUACAGGCAAAUGCGGCAGCCUACCUGCAACACCUGUGCUUCGGUGACAACAAAGUGAAGAUGGAGGUGUGUAGGUUAGGAGGGAUCAAGCAUCUGGUUGACCUUUUGGACCACAGAGUUUUAGAAGUUCAGAAGAAUGCUUGUGGUGCUCUCCGAAACCUUGUUUUUGGCAAGUCCACAGAUGAAAAUAAAAUAGCAAUGAAGAAUGUUGGUGGUAUACCUGCCUUGUUGCGACUGUUGAGAAAAUCCAUUGAUGCAGAAGUAAGGGAGCUUGUUACAGGAGUUCUUUGGAAUUUAUCCUCAUGUGAUGCUGUAAAGAUGACAAUCAUUCGAGAUGCUCUCUCAACCUUGACAAACACUGUGAUAGUUCCACAUUCUGGUUGGAAUAAUGCUUCUUUUGAUGAUGACCAUAAAAUUAAAUUUCAGACUUCAUUAGUUCUGCGUAACACAACAGGCUGCCUGAGGAACCUCAGCUCCGCAGGGGAGGAAGCUCGGAAGCAAAUGCGAUCCUGUGAGGGACUGGUGGACUCGCUGUUGUACGUGAUCCACACGUGUGUGAACACAUCCGAUUACGACAGCAAGACAGUGGAGAACUGUGUGUGUACCCUGAGGAACCUGUCCUAUCGGCUGGAACUGGAGGUCCCUCAGGCCCGACUGCUGGGGCUAAAUGAAUUGGAUGACUUACUAGGAAAAGAGUCUCCCAGCAAAGACUCGGAGCCAAGCUGCUGGGGGAAGAAGAAGAAAAAGAAAAAGAGGACGCCACAAGAGGAUCAAUGGGAUGGAGUCGGUCCUAUCCCAGGGCUGUCAAAAUCCCCCAAAGGGGUUGAGAUGCUGUGGCAUCCAUCGGUGGUAAAACCAUAUCUGACUCUUCUAGCAGAAAGCUCUAAUCCAGCCACCCUGGAAGGCUCUGCCGGGUCUCUUCAGAACCUCUCUGCUGGCAACUGGAAGUUUGCAGCAUACAUCCGGGCAGCCGUCCGAAAAGAAAAAGGGCUCCCCAUCCUUGUAGAACUUCUGAGAAUGGAUAACGAUAGAGUUGUUUCCUCCGUGGCAACUGCCUUGAGGAAUAUGGCGCUAGACGUUCGCAACAAGGAGCUCAUAGGUAAAUACGCCAUGCGAGACCUGGUCAACCGGCUUCCUGGUGGUAACGGCCCCAGCAUCCUGUCUGACGAGACCAUGGCAGCCAUCUGCUGUGCUUUGCACGAGGUCACCAGCAAAAACAUGGAGAACGCCAAAGCCCUGGCUGACUCAGGAGGGAUAGAAAAGCUGGUGAACAUAACCAAAGGCAGAGGAGACAGGUCGUCUCUGAAAGUGGUGAAAGCAGCAGCCCAGGUCUUGAAUACAUUAUGGCAAUAUCGGGACCUCCGGAGCAUUUAUAAAAAGGAUGGGUGGAACCAGAACCAUUUUAUUACACCUGUGUCAACAUUAGAACGAGACAGAUUCAAAUCACAUCCUUCUUUGUCUACCACCAACCAACAGAUGUCACCCAUCAUUCAGUCAGUUGGCAGCACCUCUUCCUCACCAGCACUGUUAGGAAUCAGAGACCCUCGCUCUGAAUACGAUAGGACCCAGCCACCUAUGCAGUAUUACAAUAGUCAAGGAGAUGCCACACAUAAAGGCCUGUACCCUGGCUCCAGCAAACCUUCACCAAUUUACAUCAGUUCCUAUUCCUCACCAGCAAGAGAACAAAAUAGACGGCUACAGCAUCAACAGCUGUACUAUACUCAAGAUGACUCCAACAGAAAGAACUUUGAUGCAUACAGAUUAUAUUUGCAGUCUCCUCAUAGCUAUGAAGAUCCUUAUUUUGACGACCGAGUUCACUUUCCAGCUUCUACUGAUUACUCAACACAGUAUGGACUGAAAUCCACCACAAAUUACGUAGACUUUUAUUCCACUAAACAGCCUUCUUACAGAGCAGAACAGUACCCAGGGUCCCCUGACUCCUGGGUGUAGCAUCAAGAUGCUCGGUAGAAGAACUCUUUCUUUCUAACCUUGUUUGGACUGAGGUGAAAAGUUCGUCUUGCUGAUUCGAUGGUGAAAUGUGAAAGUGAAAUGGAAGGAACGAGUGAAGAGCAUAUAUAUUUUUUUCUUUUUUGAGGAAUUAUCAGGGAAGUAAGGAAACCUUUGGAAGAGAGGACUUUCUAAACUCUAUUUAGGUGUUAGGUCUAAUUAUUUGUAGAGUCUGUAGUCUGGUGAAGGUGUGGGCAAUGUGAUGAGAGGCUUGAGAAAUGGGUGAAAUGAGAUGGGGAAUGUGUAGGUCAAAUCAAAUUGAAGAUGAUUUUUUUAAUGUGAAUAAAGUUAUGUUCUGAUAGUUUGUACAGAAGAAUUAAAUGGAUGCCCUUCAUGUUUUAUUGCUAUUACUAAAUGUCAAGAUUGUAUGCUAUUAUGUCUUGUAAAUUUAUUUUGUUGGUGUAAAUAUGGAAAUGCCACAUUGGUUAAGUGCCAUCAUUUGUAAUGCAGUGUGUCAUUUGAAAAGAGAUUUGAAGAAACAGCUUAUAAAACAAUGGGAAACUCAAGGAACUGUUAGCAAUUAAAAGCAAACUGCAACAUCCUUUGUUUUCAAAAUGAAUAGUGUACUUUUGAAGCACAAAGUCCAGUCUGGUAUAGCAACGCCACGCCCAUUCCCUGCCUCUUUCAUAGGACACUUCACUGCCAUUUUCUAUGCACAUAGAAGAAAAAUAAAUGUGGAAAUUUCAUCCUUGGAUAUUUGUUCCCUGUUCUUUUUUUAUUUUCUGUAUGUAACAUGGAAAAGCAGAUUUAAUAAAUGUGAAUCUAGUUGCAUGUUGUAAACAACUUAAAUAUAUCCACCUAUUUUAGGUGUUGCCUAGUUUUGUAUAGUUAAUACACUUUGAGAGAUGGGCCAUACCACAGACUGGAGCUAUGAACUUUCCUCCUCUUUAUCUAAGUGUUUUUAUUUCUGAGGAAGGGUCUGUUUUGGAUCUAAUGUACUCUACAGUUUAUCAUGUUUUUUUUCAGACUGUAUAUUUAACACUACUUUUCACAUAACAGAAAUUACAUCUGGCACCCUAGGCCUGACUAAACUAGCAGAGGCUCCUUUGGCAUCAUUUUUAAUAAGAACUCACUAUCAACAUAAAGAACAGUGGUUGAGAUUGCUUUGGUUGCUACCAAUGUAAUAAACCCCAACAAACUCUAAAUACUUAUCCUGCUGAGUAAUUUCAUGAGAUAUAGUAAUCCCUGAAGUAGGGAUGGGGUAACGGAAGCGCCAGAGAUGGAAGGUGAGGAUUCCAGUAAUACUGAGCAGCAUUACUUGUUAGUUUUUCUCCAUCUGUGGAAACAAUGAGGAGCACCAGCUCCAGGAGACCCAAAGUCUGAGUUCCUCCAGGUCUUGCAGUUUCCCCCAGUAAAGCCCCAGCUCCUGGAUCUUGCACAGAAACCUAGGAAACAACUCAUGUGGCAAAUCAAACCCAAAAGUGUUGACAUGGCACAGUCUAUUCUAUAAUCAUGAUACAAAUCAUAGAUUAAGCAUUUGUACUUAAUGUUUGUGAGUAUUUGGAAAGAAACCCAAGGGAAAAUUGCUCUUCCUCGCUGAGUGGGUUACAACCCAUAGAUUGGGAUCCAACAUGAAAUGGAAAUACAUGUUCAAGCAGGAAGGAGGGGAAACAAUUAGGUGCAGGUUUUCUGAAAUGACACUCAAAUCAGCUCACAAAGUCAGACUACAGCUUCCAGAGCCCUGCCUCCUCAUACAGUCUACAGAGUUCGGGAAACAGCCCAUGUUAGAGAGCUGAAGUUGCUGGAUUUUCCCCAGGAACUGGCAUCAGGACUUUUAAAAUGUCUGGUAUCUAUUUGGGCUUUGAGUCUCUGCCUUCCCUGAACCUGAAAUUUUCAUAUCUGGGUUGAAGCUGAAAGCCCUCAUUCAGGAAAACAGGGGAGUCUGGGGCUGGUCUGAGCUGAUUGACAGCAACUGACUGUUGCCUUUAGUGACCCCAGUAGUCUUUACGGUAGCUCAGUGGGCCCAGGUCCCCCACUGUGACAGGAAAUACUUCAACAACUGACCCAAAUUUGGAUUGGAAAGAACUCUGCACUUGGGCCUCCAGACAGACAUCCUAAUGGGGCCAGAAAGAGAACUAUGGAUGAGGAAAGGGCAGAAGAUCGAUGCCCUUUAAGGACCCUCCCUUGAAACUGAGCAAAGAAACUUCAGACGGAGCCUGAAUGAAACAAAACUGCAUCGUGGAUCAAAAAUUGGCCCAUUCUCCAGGGUGUAGGAAUAAACAAGCUCUGCUAAAACAAAGCCCUAUUGCCACCAAGUAGCAUGCAGAAUUCAGCCCAAAGAAGAGGUCUAUGGUUCUGCUCAGUCAGGGGACAGCCUAUUUCAACCUCUUCCAGAGGAUCAGGGCUGAACUGAACCAAUGUCAGCUAGACAUCAGGCUAGAAUCAUUUGGGGAGCUUUCACAAAUACUAAUGCUGGGCCCCACCCUGACCGAUCAAAAUCUCAGGAUGGGAUCCAGUGAUCGGAAUGUGCGGUCAAGGUGAGAACCACUCAGCCACAUACCCUUCUCCCUCACUACCUCUCUGUCCUGUAACCUGAAAAGUUAGUAGUUGGAGCUGGGGGAAGAAGAGGGUGUUUGCCUGAGAAUGACAGAUUUGAAAUGUUAUAGUUGAGAUCUUAAGUCUUAAAAUGUUAUAAUUGAGUCAGAGAUGUGAGGUUUUCUUUUUGCCAUGGUACGUUUUUUGCCUGUGCACACUUUUUUUAAGUUACAUUCUUUGAAGAUCAUGGACAUGUCAUGAAUAUCAAAAAUGGUGCUUUCACACUCAUACAACUCUUCCAGUGAUUAAUCCUUGGCCAGUGUUGGUUGUCAGCAUUAUUGCUGAUUUUUAGACUGAAAUAUCAGGAUUUCAUUGAGCACUCACUACGUGCUAAGAAUAUGACAUGCAUUAUCAUUUAACUUUCAUGGCAAAGCCAUGAAAUCUGUGCAAAUAUCCUGAAGCAAACUCAGGAGGGUAACUUGCCGAAGAUCACACAAUGAGUGGCAGGGGAAGGUUAGCACUAGUCUACCUAACCACAGUGCCAGGGUUCUUAAAAUUCAGCAAUUUGAGCUCCAACUGAAUUAUUGCUUACUGAAAAUUUUCCAUAAUUGACUUCAAUUUGCUAGAGGAAAUUAUCAGUACUCUAAAGGAACCAAAAAACCUUUGCCAUCAAGGAGGACUGCCCCAUAUGGUUUCCAAGGCUGUAAUCUUUACUGAAGCAAACUGUCCCAUCUUUCUUCUGCGGAGCAGUUGGUGGGUUUAAACUGCUGACCUUUUAGUUAGCACCUGAGUGCUUAACCACUGAGUCACCAGGGCACCUUCCUGUAAAUAAAAAACUACAAUUAUUUGCCAUAUAAUAACCAUAAAAGUGAACAUUUAACUAUUUAAAAAAAUGAAUCCUGCCCAUUCUAGUGUGUGAUGAGUUGGGCUGAGAACUCACCCUAAAAGUACCUUGUGAGCCAUACCUAUUAAUAUAGGCCAAGUUGUCUCUAGACAACCCUCUCAUUCUGGGGCCUCAGU